GGCAGCGGCGGCAGCGGCGGCUGCCGUGGCAGUGUCGACGGCCGCGGGGACUCGGAGCUGAGAGGAGCUGCUGCUCGGACCAGCGCGGUUAUAUUUCACACUAUGUGCUGACUGUAUCUACAGAAGAUAUUUAAAAAAAAAAGAUAAACUUUUUUCAAAGAUUUUGAUUCCAGUGGAAUCUUUGCUUUAGUUUUUGUGUGUGUAUGUGUCAGUGAAUUGUAACUCCAGAAGCAAUGCCUGUACAAGCUCCACAAUGGACGGAUUUCCUCUCCUGCCCAAUUUGCACUCAGACUUUCGACGAAACAAUUCGAAAGCCCAUCAGUUUGGGCUGUGGCCAUACUGUCUGCAAGAUGUGCCUGAAUAAACUCCACCGCAAGGCAUGCCCUUUUGACCAGACCACUAUUAAUACAGACAUUGAGCUCCUCCCUGUGAAUUCAGCAUUGCUGCAGCUAGUGGGUGCUCAGGUACCUGAGCAGCAGCCCAUUACUUUGUGUAGUGGAGUUGAAGAUACAAAACAUUAUGAGGAAGCCAAGAAAUGUGUAGAAGAAUUAGCAUUGUACCUGAAACCACUCAGCAGUGCUAGAGGAGUGGGUUUGAAUAGCACUACUCAAAGUGUUCUGAGUCGCCCAAUGCAGAGGAAGCUUGUGACUCUGGUCCACUGUCAACUAGUGGAAGAAGAAGGCAGGAUUCGUGCCAUGAGGGCAGCUCGAUCUUUAGGUGAACGAACAGUUACAGAGCUCAUUCUCCAGCACCAGAAUCCUCAACAACUCUCUUCCAAUCUUUGGGCAGCAGUCAGGGCUAGAGGCUGCCAGUUCCUUGGACCAGCAAUGCAGGAGGAAGCUCUAAAACUGGUUCUGCUGGCCUUAGAAGAUGGAUCUGCUUUGUCAAGAAAAGUAUUGGUUCUCUUCGUGGUGCAAAGGUUGGAGCCACGGUUUCCUCAAGCCUCUAAAACUAGCAUUGGGCAUGUUGUUCAACUUCUUUAUAGAGCCUCCUGCUUCAAGGUCACCAAACGUGAUGAAGACUCUUCUUUGAUGCAGCUGAAAGAAGAAUUUAGAACCUAUGAAGCUCUUCGGCGAGAGCAUGACUCCCAGAUAGUGCAGAUUGCUAUGGAAGCAGGCUUACGAAUUGCACCAGACCAAUGGUCCUCUUUGCUUUAUGGAGACCAGUCUCACAAAUCUCAUAUGCAGUCCAUUAUUGACAAGUUGCAGACCCCAGCCUCUUUUGCACAGAGUGUUCAGGAACUAACAAUUGCUCUCCAGCGGACUGGAGACCCAGCAAACUUGAACCGACUAAGACCCCAUUUGGAGCUGUUAGCAAACAUUGAUCCUAGUCCAGAUGCUCCUCCUCCUACUUGGGAACAGCUAGAAAAUGGGCUGGUUGCUGUGCGUACAGUAGUACAUGGACUGGUUGAUUAUAUCCAGAACCACAGCAAAAAAGGAGCAGAUCAACAGCAGCCUCCACAGCAUAGCAAAUAUAAAACAUACAUGUGUCGAGAUAUGAAGCAGAGAGGAGGAUGCCCUCGUGGGGCCAGCUGUACAUUUGCACAUUCACAGGAGGAACUAGAAAAAUUUCGCAAGAUGAACAAGCGCCUGGUUCCCAGAAGACCCCUGAGUGCCUCUUUGGGUCAACUUAAUGAGGUGGGCCUGCCUUCAACAGCUAUCCUUCCAGAUGAAGGUGCAGUGGAUCUGCCUAGCAGAAAACCUCCUGCUCUGCCAAAUGGAAUUGUAUCAGCAGGGAAUACAGUAACACAGCUUAUUCCACGAGGGACGGACCCCAGCUAUGAUUCCAAUCUGAAACCAGGAAAGAUAGAUCAUCUAAGCAGUAGUGCUCCUGGAUCCCCUCCUGACCUGCUAGAAUCUGUCCCUAAGAGUAUUUCUGCCUUACCUGUAAAUCCACAUCCUGUACCUCCAAGGGGGCCAACAGAUCUGCCUGCCAUGCCUGUCACCAAACCACUUCAGAUGGUCCCACGAGGUUCUCAGUUAUAUCCAGCACAGCAGGCAGAUGUUUAUUAUCAGGAUCCUCGAGGAGCUGCUCCGCCAUUCGAACCAGCACCUUAUCAACAGGGUAUGUACUAUACUCCACCACCACAAUGUGUGUCCCGCUUUGUCCGACCACCACCAUCUGCUCCUGACCCAGGUCCUCCAUACUUGGAUCAUUAUCCACCCUACCUCCAAGAUCGUGUAGUAAACUCUCAGUAUGGCACACAGCCACAACAGUACCCACCUAUGUACCCACCUCACUAUGAUGGCCGGCGAGUAUACCCUGCUCAGUCUUACACAAGAGAAGAGAUAUUCCGAGAAAGCCCAAUACCCAUUGAGAUUCCACCUGCAGCAGUACCAUCCUAUGUACCAGAAUCCAGAGAAAGAUUCCAACAGAUAGAGGGUUACUAUCCAGUGGCUCCUCAUCCAACUCAGAUCAGACCUUCAUACCUCAGAGAGCCUCCUUAUAGCCGGCUUCCUCCUCCUCCCCAGCCCCAUCCUAGUCUAGAUGAACUACAUCGCCGGCGAAAGGAAAUAAUGGCCCAGCUAGAGGAAAGAAAGGUUAUCUCUCCACCUCCUUUUGCACCUUCACCAACAUUGCCUCCUACCUUCCAUCAAGAGGAAUUUUUGGAUGAAGACUUGAAGGUAGCUGGGAAAUACAAAGGAAAUGAUUAUAGCCAGUACUCUCCCUGGUCAUGUGACACCAUUGGCUCCUACAUUGGAACCAAAGAUGCAAAACCAAAAGAUGUUGUGGCAGCAGGGAGCGUGGAAAUGAUGAAUGCGGAGAGUAAAGGAAUGAGAGACCAGAGAUUGGAUCUUCAGAGAAGAGCAGUAGAAACCAGUGAUGAUGACCUCAUCCCAUUUGGAGACCGACCAACAGUGUCUCGGUUUGGUGCCAUCUCUCGAACUACCAAAACAAUAUAUCAGGGUGCCGGCCCAAUUCAGGCUAUGGCACCUCAGGGAGCUCCCACAAAAUCUAUUAACAUUUCGGAUUACAGUCCAUAUGGAACCCACGGUGGCUGGGGAGGUUCUCCAUACUCACCUCAUCAAAGCAUACCUUCUCAGGGACACUUCAGUGAGAGGGAGAGAAUAUCCAUGUCUGAAGUGGCCAGUCAUGGAAAACCCCUUCCAUCUGCUGAGCGAGAACAGCUACGACUGGAAUUGCAGCAACUGAACCACCAAAUUAGUCAGCAGACCCAGCUGCGUGGACUAGAGGCGGUUAGUAACAGGCUGGUGUUACAGAGGGAGGCAAACACCCUGGCAGGCCAGCCACAGCCCCCACCACCACCUCCAAAAUGGCCUGGAAUGAUCUCAAGUGAGCAGUUGAGCUUGGAACUGCACCAAGUGGAAAGGGAAAUCGGGAAGAGAACCCGGGAACUGAGCAUGGAGAACCAGUGUUCUCUGGACGUGAAAAGCAAAUUGAAUGCUAGUAAGCAAGCAGAGAAUGGACAACCAGAACCACAAAACAAAGUUCCAGCUGAGGACCUUACAUUGACAUUCAGUGAUGUACCAAAUGGAUCAGCCUUGACACAAGAGAAUAUCAGCCUCCUAUCAAACAAGACCAGCUCUCUGAACCUAUCAGAGGACCCCGAGGGAGGAGGAGAUAACAGUGACUCCCAGAAAUCAGGAGUUACUCCCAGUUCUGCUCCCUAAUAUGAGGAGUUGUACUUUUAUCUUCUGCUCCUAAUCAAUUUGUAGGGCAUAGGGGUAGGAGAAUGGAUAACUUCUAAACUUUUUCUCUAAGAAUGGUCAGAGAAAUCCAGGAAAUGCACCAGAGGCAAUGUGCACAAACACCACUACUAAAAACAAACCCUGCACAUAGUUCACAUUAAUGCAUAUUUUUAAUUUAAAGAAAAAGAAAAUUAGCAGUAUCUGCAAGCAAUUCAGAUUAAAUUUGUUUUUGUUCUGUGAAUGAACUUUAUUUUAAUAACUUUGGACGCCUUGGAUCCAGGGCUUUAAAAAAAAAGAAGAUAUUAUAUAUACACUCUGUUUGAUUAAUUGUAUGAUCUUAAUGAAGUAGGUUUCUCUUUGUAUUUUGGUAUUAUUACAUACCCAGUGUAUAAUUCCUUACCCCCAAUCCUGUCCAACUCUUACCACCCCAUAAACUUAAAACAGACAAAAAGAGAAUUCUUUGGUGCUUGAGAAACAAAUAGACAGUAAUAGACUGAGUUAUUAGAAAAUGUGCAGCAAACCAGCUUUUCCUGGAGUUGUUAUUUGGAAUUUUUUUUUUCUUUCUGGAUCACCAACUUCAUAGAUAGAUAUGUUUUUCUUAUGACAUUGAAAUUUUUUUUGUUGUUUAGAAGGGUUUUAUUUUUUAUUUUCGGCUUUUCAGAGAGAUAAUUACCAAUUUUUGAAGUCCCCAGUUCCAUAUUAAAGAUCCUUUGCAUUCUUUUAAUGUCAUGAGAAAGUCAAUUUCACUGUUUAGUUGUUUAAUUAGAUUUAAAGGGAGAUUAAAAAUGAACUGUAAUUUAUUGAUUAGUGCUGAAAAUACACGAUUGGUGUAUUACCUGUGUUCAACUCAUAGUUGUAAAUUUGGAGCUUUGCUUUCCAAAUUAAACGUUUGCUGAAAACUUAGAAUGCUCAGAAACCAGGAUAGUCAACCAUAUUUUAAAACUGCAACACUUGAUUUGAACAUACAAUGAAUAGAGCAACAUUAUUUGAAUGGAUGUUUUUAUUUUACUCUCAAAACCUGAAAGUAUAAAAUUAAAUCUCUAUAUACUAGAGCCCCUGGUUUCAAAGAAAUUAAGCAAAUAUGACCCGCUUAAGUCUUAACGGAUAGUUUAUGAAUUGAUUACUUGUUGCUGCUCAGAUACCUUGACAUCAGUUUCCAUAGACUUUGGCUUUCCAGUAUUGAAAAUGUUAAUUCAUGAUAAUUUUGAAAAGAGGAAAACUUUUAUUAUUUAAUUCUGCUGCACAUAUUCUGAUGCCACAUGUCUAUGCCUAACUAAGGUCCUGUAAAACAUGUUUAAUGGGGAUUGUUUUAUAUAGUUGCCCUCUCCAUCCUUCUCUUCAAUUUUGUCAAUUUCCCUUUCUGGAUUAUACUACUAAAUCAGAAAGCACUGGUUAUGUAAUAAGUUACUGCAUUGCUUUGGUUGGGUAAAAACAAGAGUUUAUAUUUUUCUUGUUUCUUAUUUUCUUAACCCUUAACUCCUGCUGAGGUCAUAACAGCCUCAGUCUAAGCUCUAUGUCCAUCAUACUGUUAACUGAAACAAAUGGGGGUGGGGGUGGGAAGGGUAAUACAGUCCUGCCAUUGCCUACCAGUAGGAGAGUCCAAACAGAACACUCUUUUGAGUAGCAAUUAUUUAAUUUGCCCAGUCAAGGCACCGUGUUUAUAUACUAUUUCACAUUGAAUUUGAUUAUGCCCUACAGACCUGGCUGGUCAAGGAUUUGAUAUACACAUAUUGGCUUGGGAUUCGAGCUUUCUUUUUUAUUUAAAUAAAAAUUUAUAUAUAUAUUAUAUAUAUACAUAUAUACAUAGCUAUAUCUGUAUAUAUAUUGGGUAUGUUUUAAGGAUUUUUUCGCAUGAGCGCAGCUGUUGCGAUGAAAUGACUGAUUGGGAGGUAGAAGCACUGAAUGAAGGUGUGAAGCAUUUUUUCAAUUGAUAUAUUACACAUUUUCCUUUUUUAAAAAAAUAUACUUUUGCUUUUUUUGGUUUUUUUAAAUUGCUUUUGUUUGCUUUUUUGACUUUUCCUUAAAACCCUCCUACAUUUACACUGUAAAUGCUUAUUUUUAUUGGGAGAAGGAAAGAAACUUUGGUAUGUCUGGCAGAGUCCCAAGAUUUUUCAUUUCUCUGCAUAACAAGAAAAGACAAUAUUACUAGUCUCCAACCUUCUGUAGGCAGAUUUGGGCAGAUCUCCUUUGAACAUGUCAGAUAAUUCAUAAAUUUUAGAAGCAGUUGGUUCACUUUAGAACUCAGAAUGAUACUGGUAUUGGAAGAGAAUUCAUGGGUAUUGAUUUUGUUAACAUUUAGAAUAAAAGUAAAGUUUCAUCUUGGGUAUCUGUUGAUACCCAUAAUAACUAAAUUUCUUUCAUUCUUGUUCUUAUUCUACCUUUAAAUAAACUUGUUCUUGCUUGUACCAUUUUGAUUUUGUGAGGGAAGCAGGAGCAGGGAUUGAUUUAUAUGGUAUUCCUAUUCUGAACAAAACCAGAAAAGCCACUAUGUAGACCUGAUAUAAAAUAGUAUCUUUCUCUUUUUAUGUAUUUUCUUUUGGGGAAAAAAUCCCUUAAAUUGUAGCCUCAAUUCUAGUUGUACUCCUCCAAGGGCCCCACACUGUAGAGGUAACCUGGUUGGGUAGAAAAUCAGAAGAAUGGUACCAUUAUCUUUUUUAAAUUGGUCAUUCUGCCUUACCUAGUGGAAAUUCUUGCAGCUUUCCUAAUGCUCAGCAGUAGGUUUAAGAAUUUACUAAAACCCUAAAACUUUGGGGUUUUGUUUUUGUUUUUGUUUUUCCUUUUGUCUGUGAUAUGAUGAGCCUGUAAGAGUAAAUGUCCUGUUGGGGCAUAUAACUACUUGACUUUUUAAUUGCUUUUUUUUUCCCCAAUCAAAAUCUGAAAGAUAGUGAUUUUUCCCUGGCGUUUUAAUUUUCUUUGUUUUUUAGAGACAGUUAAGAGAUGAAACCAAUCAGAUAGGAAAUACAGUUUUUAUGCUUUCUACUUAUAAAAUAUUACUUUCUUUUGAAGAUGACUUUAUUUGCUUUUCACUGAAUUCAAAAGCAAGAAUUAGAUAUCUCAGAUGAACAUGAACAAUUUUGAAAGGGUUAUGGUAGGAGUAAUAAGCAUUGCGUUUACUCUUAUUAAAAUAACAAAACUAGGAUUUUAUUAUAGUGAAGAAUAUAAAAGUACUUUGACUUACUCUUUUUUCAAGAGGUCUCUAGAAGAAGGUAGAAGAACUGAGAAUAAGGCAUCUAGAUUCAGUUUCCUGUUUUACGUAUAAUUCUUUUGCCUAAUUUAUAUUGUCACAAGAUAAGUCUAAUAGCUAUGAAGUGACCAAAGAUCCAUUCCUUGUUACUUUUCUAAUUAAAAGAACAAUUAAUUAUAGUAUAAUUAUAGUAUAGGUUUCUAGUAAUAUUAUUCAAAGGAUAAGAUACUAUUCCUAAUGCCAACUACAAAUUUCAUCUAAUCAGAAUGUAUAAAUAUUUGUUUGGUACAGCAUUAAUGUGGGUGAUUCCCUUCUCCCAUCUUAUUUCCCUUCCCUUCUCCUAUUCUUUCCCAUGUAUUUAUUCUUUUGCCUAAAAGACAGAAAAUUGAUAUGAUUCUCAUUUGCUACUUUGAGUAUAUAACUCCAUAAGACUUUCCAGAGGUCUUCAGAUUUCAAGCUCAAAGUUUAAUCCUUAGUUUUUCUGUGAAUGUCUUUUUUUUUUCCUGGCCCUUUUUCAUCCUGCAAUUUCCCCUUGACUUACCCACUGCCCUCCCCAAUCUGCAACAGUGACAGUUUGCUGCCUCAAAACAGAGCAUUCAAAUGAAUUCGCUUAGCCAAUAACUUCUGUGAAGUUGCCUUUUCUAAUGGUGUUAUUACUCAGUGAUGCACAAAUGUGGUAUUUGCCCUACUGGUAGGCAAACAAAGGUCUGGUUAAGAAUGGUAACCUGCUGUUUUCUUUAAAGGAGAGCCAAAGACUUGUGCUUUACUCUGUUUCGGUUUUGGGGGAAGUCCUAGCUAUUUUGAUUGUGAACCUUUUAGUAUUUGUGAGUUGAUUGUACUAUGUAAGUAGAUUUAUCUAAAGUUAACUGUUAAAGUUAGCUAGCCUUAUAAAAUGUAAAAGUAAUGAAAAUUCAUCAGUUUUCUCUAAACCAGUGAAUGUCAUCUUUUAUAAUACUGUGUAUAAACAAACAUCUGUUCCCUUACCCCCCACUUUUUUUGAGGUUAUCUUGUUAUGGUAACAUCAUCUGUGUUUUUAUGGGGUUUUUUCCCCCUUGUGCCUAAAGGACAAUCUACUAUCACUAUGAUCAAGUCAUGAGUCUGGAUAAAAGGAAUUCUUGAGCAUGUGACUGGUGAGAAAUAAUGAACGGUAGUAUAAUGCAUGUUCAGAUUAUGUUAAGUUUCAGAGAAAAAUAGAUUCUUUUCACUAAAGAAGUAUUUAUUUAGUUGCUGUUACUUAUAUACAAAUGGUGGUGGGUGGCAGUCUCACCAUCAUUUUUCCACUUUAGUUUUGCUCAUCUUGAUGAAUUGAGUAAAGGUGUCAUAUAUAAAAUCUAUGUGUAAAAAGCACCUGUAAUUAUUUAUAUUUCAUUAAAGACAGUGGCCCAAUUACUGUUUAGGAGAAAUUCAUAACCUGCCUGGAAAUUAACUGCAGUGUUUAGAUUUUCACCCUAAAAAGAGUACAAGUGUAUUAAAUUUUUAGUUGGUGAUACAUGGUUACAGUGUUGCAAGGUGAUCUCCUUCUGAAAAAUCUGCUUAUCCUUUUUUAAAAAAUUAGAACUACUAAACUAAAGCAAAUUUUACUUUCAUUAUUAGGGAUUGAACAAGCAAGCAAUCUACUACUGUCUUCAUUUUAGCUGAGUGCCCAUUUUGCUGAUCCACAUUCAUACCUUUCUACCUUGGACAGAUAUAACUUUUUAUAUUUAUUUGUUGCUUCAGCUCAGCUUUAUGAAAUUUUCCUGCUGAAAUAACUUAUUGGGAGUUGUAGGUAGAUUGUAGUAAAUAUUUUUAAAAUUUCUCAAUUCAGCUUUUAUGAGCCACUUCAAAAAGAAAGCUGUUUUUUGUCAAAAGUUACUAUUAAUUGUAGUAAAUACAGCUUAAGAUUCAGGUUUUUGAGGUAAUAGAGUCUAAUUGAUAAGUAAUACUAGCUAUAAUGUUGAUAAAGAGUAAGAAACUGCUACCACCAGGAAUAAGUAACACUUUUUAAUAAUAAAUAUGGUCAAUACUGCACUGAACAAGUGGGUAAAGAGCCCUUUGAAAGCCUGUCGUGAUAAAGGGACUUACCUCACCACUGGAAUCCUUGUUUUCAGAGCCUCUGGAUUUUCAGCCAAACACUGAAUUUCCCCUAAACUUUAUCCUUGAGCAAAACAUCCUUAGAGUAACAACCUUUAUUUUCACAGGAAAAUAAGGCAUAAUAACCCAAGGGGGAGAACUUAAACCUCAAGACAAUAUUAUGUCCAAAAACGAGUAUUUAGAAAAAUAAAAUCCUGUGGAGUUUGUUAUUCUAAUGUAUAUUAUCUACUAGAUAAUAUGACUUGUUUUCUUAUAUUGAGGUCUUACUGUUUCUGCUUGGUUUUGGUUUUUGUUUUUAACUCUAAGCAGACAGAGCUCACAAGUCUUUGGCAUCCGUUUUAGGUUGUACACUCAGAGUCAUCUUAUAACUGGAAACUGUCAGGUGGUCCCCACCCCAGUGAGUGUAUGAAAGGGUCAAGAAAAGGAUGGAAACAAACUAUUAGGUGGAUAAUUGGUUUCCUGAUUUUUUUUUUUUUUGGCCUGAUUUUUUUUAAUGGCCAUUUAUUAGUGUAAUCUGUCUCCAUUGAUUGGUUGCCAUUCCCACAAUACCCAAACUAUCCCAUAAAAUAUCCGCAUGACUUAAAGGCAUUUAAUGCUUUUGCUUAUCAUUUUUAUAUCCUCUAUUCAACUAAGACACUGUCAUGAGUUAUUUUCCAAAUGUAUUGUUGCCUGAAUUUUCACACUUUUCCCCUUUCAUUCUUUUUCUUCUUCCACCUCCUGGGAAUGAAGAGAACUUGAAAAAAGUUUUUAUUUUAUUUUAUUCAUUGGUCCAUGGUCUUUAUUAUCUUAUGAUGAAUCUGUGACUUUUUGGAACAAGAGCAAUGGAAAAAGUGCGUUAAGGUAAUGAACAAAACCUUUCACACACUUAAACAUUUUCCAGUUGUAAGAUUCCUCUUUGUGUGUGUGAUUUCUUCCCCUUGUUACCCCUGCCACCCUUUCUUCCUGACUGGUCAAUUUGGUCUUUAGGCUCAUACCAGUCUCCCCGAGACAUUCUGCAGUCAUUAUCACCUUUUUGGGUGGAUUUUAUUUUUUUUUAAUAACUUUUUAACAUUGAUGCAUAUUUGCUUGGGAUAGAGCUUGUGUAAUUUACCAAUCGUAUUGAUUGUAUGUGAUUGUGCCCUGCAGAGGUAUAUUUAACAAGACAAAAAUAAUCUAGGUUAAUAAAGGAGCCCAUGAGAUUUGAGUCAGGUUAUAAGUGACUUUAUGAAAUCACUUACAGUUUUGGAUAGUGAGAAUUUAUAUCUCCUGUUCUUACAAAUCAGUGCUAGACAAAAUACUAUUUUUAAAAAAGUUUUCUUGCAUUUCUGUUCUUUUUAAUUGCCUCAGCUCCCUAUUCUUUCUUGCCUGCCUCUACUUACCUGUUUGGAGAUAAAAUAUAUUCAGCCUUAAAGUUACAUCUGAUUUUUAAAUUGCUGAAUUUUGUGAAAUUUUGCUUUCCAUGUGAUUUCAACUUUUAAAAAAAGUGAAGAAAAUAUAGUUAAUGAGUUAGAAUUUCACAAGCUGUGAAUAAUUCCUUAGGAUCUGACAAACUGUGAAAUCUGAUUUGAAGACUUUAUCUUCUGAAAAUUCUUUUGGAAUAGGAAAAAGAACCCUGUUUGAAAUGGACCAUUUUCCUGUUGUUUUUAAUCUGUUUAAUAUUUUCAAUUUUUAAACAGCCUUCAAAGCAAGUGAGGUGGAAAAAGAAAGAAUAGUAAGAAGAUGCUUAGGGCAACAGAACUCUGGAUCUGAAUAAUUACAUAUUCUACUUGUUGCAGAUUUUUGAGAGGAUUAGGGCCAUCUUUUUCAAUUUUAUAUUAUUUGUGUGCAUGUUGUUUAUAUCAGAGAUGCCACGUUUUGUUAAAAUGCUGUUUCCUUUCUUUAUUACCUUGGAAACUGACUCAGCCUCAUGUUGCUCCUAAUUAGUGUUUAAGGCUCCCAUGAGUUGCAGAUAAAAGGAUUUAUUUUAACAUGUAGAAGGAGGUGAUUCACCUUUUGGAUUGUAAAUAUAUGAAAGUGUCUACAAGGUCUUUAUCUGCUUUCUGUCAGCAUUUAUAUUAAAUGAUAAUUUAAUGAGGAAUGUGUAGUCUUUUUUUGUGAAUGAGUCUGUGCCAUCUUAUUUUAAUCUUAUUCUUACACCUUUUUAAUGUAGGGGUUUCUUUAGGUGGAAAAUGAAGUGGCUAAUUUGUAUG